GAGCGCGAGCGCCUGUGAGCGUGGAGACGGACAGUGAGCACGCUCAUGAUGAGAAGAACAGCCAGUCCAAUUAUCCGUGUGCCUUCAGUGGCCAUCUCUUCUCACUUCAGUGCUUACUCAAACACGAAAUCCAGCGCUGGAUUCCAAGAUACUGCUCGCGUGGAGAUUUAAAACUGGACAGAGGCAUGCAUGAUCGUCCAGACGAGAAGACGGAGGGAUGCGAGUGCGUUUGGUGCCAUGAUUAACAUCCAGUUUCUGCUUGUGUGCUCCUGAGAAGAACGAAAAGACAAGAAGUCAAGUGGUCUAGCACUCAAGACAGCUGAUGAGGAGCAGCAGGAAGAAGAGAUCUGACAAAGUAUGGCUGCACCUGAUCUUUUAGAUCCUAAAUCAGUCACACACAACACCAAACCACGGCUGUCGUUCUCCUCCAAGCCCAUUGUAUAUAACACGGGGGAUGAUUGUGAUACCAUAACCACUGUAAUGAAGUGGAAAACAGUAGUGGCGAUCUUCCUGCUGGUUGUUCUGUACCUGAUCAUCGGAGCCAUGGUGUUCAAAGCCCUGGAACAGCCCCAGGAGAGCUCGCAGAAGUACCUCAUCGUGCAAGAGAAAAUUAACUUCCUUUCGAGGCAUACCUGUGUCAACGUCUCUGAACUGGAGGACCUGGUCAAGCAAGUGGUGUUUGCUAUCCGGGCCGGGGUCAAUCCCUCGGGUCACCCCUCCAAUGAGAGCAGCAUGUGGGACCUCAGCAGCUCCUUCUUCUUUGCAGGGACUGUCAUCACCACUAUAGGCUUUGGAAACGUCUCUCCACACACAGAAGGAGGCAGGAUCUUUUGCAUUAUCUAUGCCCUGCUUGGGAUCCCACUCUUUGGGUUCCUGUUGGCUGGAGUGGGCGAUCAGCUGGGAACCAUAUUUGGUAAAGGAAUUGCCAAAGUGGAAAAGAUGUUUGUGAAAUGGAACGUGAGCCAAACUAAAAUCCGUGUGACAUCCACGGUCCUGUUCAUCCUGUUUGGGUGCCUGCUGUUUGUGGCCCUCCCAGCCCUCAUCUUCCAACACAUUGAAGGCUGGAGCACUCUGGAGUCCAUAUACUUUGUUGUCAUCACUUUAACCACUAUUGGAUUUGGAGACUUUGUGGCAGGAGGCUCUGAGAUUGAGUAUCUGGACUAUUAUAAGCCCAUCGUGUGGUUCUGGAUCCUGGUGGGUCUUGCCUACUUCGCUGCAGUUCUCAGUAUGAUUGGUGACUGGCUUCGAGUCAUCUCCAAGAAGACCAAAGAGGAGGUGGGAGAGUUCCGCGCUCACGCCGCAGAAUGGACGGCUAACGUGUCAGCGGAGUUCAAAGAGACGCGCCGCCGCCUGAGUGUGGAAGUUUACGACAAGUUUCAGCGGGCAGCGUACAUCAAGCGCAAGCUGUCAUCAGAGUUAGGCCAAAAUCCAGGUCAGGACAUGAUGCCGUGCAAGAGGACCCUGUCUGCAAACUUCACGGAUGAACUUGAGAAAGAAGGUCUCCCUACAUUGACCAAAAAUGGCAGCCUGUACCUAAACGGUCUAACUCCGGACUUCCCAGAUCACGGCGAGAUCUCCAUCAUUGAACAUCUCAAAUAAAGCUCAAGCUUCUUCUGCACAUGCGAAAACAGGAAGAUGCAUUUGUGUCUACAGCUAUGUUUGUUCACAAAGCUCUAUCAGAAGCAUUCAUAUCUUUCCUGGAUGUAUGCUGGAAUCAGUGAGCGGGUGCAUUUAUGCCUUGUGCCAGUCAAAUGAAUCACGUUUUGUAGGAUAACAAAGUCUGUAUUCUUGAGCAAAACACGACAGCAGCGUUUAUUAUCCAGUGAAUCAUAUUUGUGCCUUAAAAUCACCAGGAAUAGACUUCCCAGAAGCUGCUACACUGAAUGAUACUGAGAAAUGUAUUGUUUUUUUAGAGAAUGAACCACCAAUCUUGUCCAAACACUGACGAACUUAAUUGGUUUUUGGAUGCGUAUCCCAAACCCAGCAUGUGAGAGCGUCUGUUCAAAAACCAUUACAGGGUAUCAGGCAAGAAUGGCUGAGCGUUUAUGAUAUUGACACAGCUGUGAUUGGUGGUUCACCAAUUUAGAUUAUAUCUUGCAUUAGCACAUGGAUUUUUUUUUUAAUCCACAUACACAUUCUGUUUAAAAGCAGUUGUGACCGAAAAGAUAUGAAACAGUGUUGGAGUCGAAGCAUCUCAGCUUGUUUCAUUGCAUAAUUUUAGAUGUGAUGUGCACUGAUGGCAUGAUUCUGUAAGCAAAUGCAAGUUUUCUGAUAGAAUUGGUCGUGAUUGGAUAUAUGACCAAUACACAAUCAUUAAUCUUUCGUUGCCUGCUGAAUAAAGAAAGUUGUGCGUUAAUGCAAUGUAUAAAUAUAUUUUUAGCUUAAAUCUUGUAACAUUUUAUGGCAGUUCAAUUUGCCUUAAAGUGAUAGCACAACCAAAAAUGACUUUCUGGCAUC